CUGUGGAGGAGACAGAGAAGGGCUCAGUUUUCAGGCACCUGCCAGUGACGCGUGAGAAAGAGGACGUGUGGCCUAAUUACCAAACAUGGAAUCCACUAAGGCACAAAUGAGCCUGAGGGACCUCAUGUGAGGCAGACCUGGGUCUUCAGCCUCUUGCCCUCACCUUAACUGGAAACUGGGUGAAAAACCCAUGAAGAGGAAUUCUGAAAGUGGCAUCUGGAUGAAAAGGGAGCCUCUUGGACAUUCCAGCAGCUGGAAGAGGAGUUUGGCGGCAAGUUUCAAACUAAAGUGGCCAGAAAGGAGAGACCGCACAUGGGAAGACUGGCUAGAACACCAUUAUCAUUUUCAACGCCUACACCAGAGCCACAAGAGAUCUUCCUUGGUUUUACAUGGUGAGAACUUGCUGGAGUUCCGGGAAACAAAACCCACGGAAGUGCUGGGGCCUCCCAACACUGCAGCCCCCAGUAGCUUCACCCACACUAGCCGCACUUAGUCUCCAGGAGUUCAUCAAAAUUACCAUUCAAGUAUUCCUCCUUUCUGGCCUCAGAGGCUUCUGCUCUAGCGUCUACCUGCCAAUAAAAUAAACCUGAUCACAUCCUGCCACCAUCUAUCUGCUCUCUCCUUGGUACCUGGACCAUGUAUUCCACAGCAGAAGAUCCAUGUGACCUAUACAUUUUACUACCAAAGCUGACUAACUGUUGGGGGUUGAGGUGAAGGCGGCUGCAAGCACACACUACCCAAAAAGCCUCCCAGUUACCCAGCUAGGGGGACGGUGACCCUGUUCCUACUGCUAAAGAUGAAGCCAGUCAUCAGCUCACGCAGAUCCUGGCGUUGAGGGCACAGGACGUUCUGAGUGGAAGGUGACGUUGGCCCCAUGGAGUUUGCGUAAUUCUAUGUAAACAGUUUCCACAGACCUCCCCUUGACUCCCGACCCCACCCAAAUCACAGAAUUCAGAGGCUCGAGGGAAAUCGUCAGCGCCCUAGAGGACUGCAAAGAGCUUGCGUCAAGAUACAGGUUCCAAACUUCCCGCCUGUCCCUUAGAGCUGGAGAAGCAGCCUCCCAGCAAGCCUCCCAAGAAGCUCAGUGCCGAUUGGCUCUUGCUGCGCCCAAUGAGAGGCCGCGCCCUGCGCCUGUGGGCCCUGCGCCUGUGGGCCCCGCACCCGCUAGAGCGGCGGCAGUUGCCAGGAAACCGCGUAAACAUCGGAGCCGUCGGCCCGCCACGGCUGUAGCAGCUGGAGGUGGUGCCGGCUGGAUCCCGAGAGGGGGAUUUUCCUCUGCCAAGAUGGCUUCUAAAAGGCGAACUCUGAGCUUUAGUGAAAGGCAUCAGAAACUAGUAGAUAGAAAUUACUGCAAACAACUGCAUGUCCAAUCAGUAAGAAAGAUACAAAAUCAAAUCAGGGACCAAAUGGUGCAGAAUGAAAACGAUGACCUCGUGGAGCGCAAGAGAUUCCUCAGAUUAUUACAGAAUGAACAAUUUGAGUUGGAUAUGGAAGAAGCCAUUCAAAAGGCAGAAGAAAACAAAAGAUUGAGGGAACUCCAGCUUGAACAAGAAGAAAAAUUGGCUGUGGAACUGGCAAAACUAAAACAUGAAAGUCUUAAGGAUGAAAAGAUGAGGCAACAAGUAAGAGAAAACAGUAUUGAGCUCAGAGAAUUGGAGAAGAAAUUAAAAGCAGCUUACAUGAAUAAAGAAAGGGCAGCUCAGAUUGCAGAGAAGGAUGCCAUUAAAUAUGAGCAAAUGAAACAUGACGCUGAAAUAGCUAAAACCAUGAUGGAAGAACACGAAAGAGCAGUAAAGGAAGAGAAUGCUGCAGAGGACAGACGGAAUAAAGUAAAAGCACAGUAUUAUCUCGACUUAGAGAAACAACUUGAAGAACAAGAAAAGAAAAAGCAGGAAGCGUAUGAGCAGUUACUAAAAGAGAAACUCAUGAUUGAUGAAAUUGUUAGGAAAAUCUAUGAAGAAGAUCAAUUGGAAAGACAACAAAAGUUAGAAAAAAUGAAUGUAACUCGAAGGUAUAUAGAAGAGUUUCAGAAAGAGCAGGCUCUCUGGAGAAAGAAGAAACGUGAAGAGAUGGAAGAAGAAAACAGAAAAAUCAUAGAAUUCGCCAACAUGCAGCAACAAAGAGAAGAAGAUCGGAUGGCAAAAGUUCAAGAAAAUGAGGAAAAAAGGCUACAGCUUCAGAACACGCUGACUCAGAAAUUGGAAGAAAUGCUGCGGCAACGUGAAGAUUUGGAACAAGUGAGACAAGAAUUAUACCAGGAAGAACAAGCCGAAAUACAUAAGAUGAAACUAAAAGAGGAAGCAGAAGAGAAACUGAGAAAGCAAAAGGAGUUGAGGCAAAAUUUUAUAGAACAAAUGGCCCUGAAGGAAUUAGUACUCCAGGCUGCAAAAGAAGAAGAAGAGACCUUUAGAAAGGCUAUGCUAGCUAAGCUUGCUGAGGAUGAUCGGAUAGAACUGAUGAAUGCUCAGAAACAAAGGAUGAAGCAACUAGAACACAGGAGAGCUGUGGAAAAACUCAUUGAAGAGCGUCGCAACCAGUUCCUUGCAGACAAACAACGUGAACUGGAAGAAUGGCAGUUGCAGCAAAGAAGACAAGGAUGUAUUAAUGCAAUUAUUGAAGAAGAAAGACUGAAACUUCUCAAAGAACAUGCUACAAAAUUACUAGGAUAUCUCCCUAAAGGAGUAUUUAAAAAAGAGGAUGAUAUCGAUAUGCUUGGUGAAGAGUUUAGGAAGGCAUAUCAGAAAAGGAGUGAAAUUUGUUAAGAGAAGUGACACCAUCGAGAUUUGGUAAAACCUGGACUGUUUUUACCACUAGAUGUCACUGUAACUUCUGUUUUACAGUUAAGUAAUACUCCGUAAUCUAUUUGGGUUUCCUAAAGGGUCUCCGUAAUUCAUAUUUUUUAGCUACAAAAUUGCUUUUAGUCAAACUUGUACUGAUAAAGUGAAGAUCUGAGUUCUACACCACAUCUCGACAGUCCAUAUAUAUAAAUACAUUAGAGGCCAAACCCAGGAGACGAACUUUGUACUCCUGCUGCUCAGAGCUUUCUCUGCAUCUCCAUUCAGACCAUAGUUCCAGCGGUAUUUGUGUUUUUGGAACUUAACUUCUGGGAUUUGGCCAGCCAAAAUAUCUUUCUUUGUACUAUAAGGAAAGAGAAUAGUUAAGAGCGAGGAAUUUCAAAGCGGUUUAUUGUCAUUAAAAACUUAGAAUUCCUGUCACAUAAACUUAUUUAUGAACUAGAACAGAAUCUCUAAAGUAUUUUACAUUAGAGGGCAAGUGGGUCACAAGAAAGAAUCAGCAGUUAAAUUCCUAUUUUACAAAAUAUUACUUUUCUAAUAAUUACAUUCAAUUUUGUAUCCCCUCAAUCUGAACAGGGAAUUCACUGGAAUUGCUUUGAUUUCAUUAUGAAAUAUCUUCAUUACUUAUAAAGAGUAAAAACAAAUCAUUAAAACUUUAGUUGAAUAAAAUGUAUAUGGGUCUCAUACAAAGUCUGUAUACUUUAAAGUAGAUCAUUUAUGAAUUUCCCCAUUCAAGUGCCUUCAUAAAUUCCUCUUCGGUGAAAGACAGCAUCUUGGCAGCUUCAAUAUGCAUCUGCGUUUGUAACAAAUCAAUAUGGUUUUAGUAUUAAGAGUAGCACAGAACAAUAGGAAAUCGAUUAUAAAUAUGCUAUCAAAUUAAUAAGCUCUGUUGGAAUGUGUACUCGAGUUCUAAUAAACAUGGUAUUUGAAAUAAUUA